CCUCGGCGCCUGCACCGCCGUGACCCCCCCGGCGGAGGGGCGACGGUGGGUCCUCACCGCGCCCGUGCCCCUCCGCCCCCGGUGCCUCCGCCCGCGGCCCCCGUCAGGCUUUGCACGGCCAAAAGUUAAAAUGUGUGGUGAUGGUGUCCCAGAUCAUUGGCGUAUUGGGGAGAAAUGCCUUGCCCCUUGUUUUGAAAAUGGAAAACUUCAUGAAGGAACAAUAACUUCUCUUGAAAAGGACAAGAAUGGAAAAUCAUUUGCUGUUGUAUCAUUCUUGGAGUCUGAAGAAAGGAAAAUACUAAUAACAAAACUUUGUAAAGUCAAAGACAGUAGAGGACCCUGGAAAAGCUUAAUAUUUGAUGAAGGUGAUCUGGAAAAGCCAUAUUUUCCUGACCAAAAUCUUCCAUCUCCUGGAGUUGCUUUUAAAUUAUCUGACAAUGGCGAUUUUAUCCCGUAUACAAUUAACAGAUACCUGCGUGAUUAUCAAAGGGAAGGAGCCCAGUUUCUGUAUAGACACUAUGCUAAUAAAAGAGGGUGUAUUCUUGGAGAUGAUAUGGGCCUUGGAAAGACAAUACAGGUCAUUUCAUUUUUGGCUGCAGUAUUGCACAAAAAGGGAACACAUGAGGAUAUUGAAAAUAAUAUGCCGGAGUUUUUGCUGCGGACAAUGAAAAAGGGCUCAGAUUGUAACCCCAAGAAGACUUUCCUCAUAGUGGCCCCUCUUUCAGUGCUGUACAACUGGAAGGAUGAGUUAGACACAUGGGGAUACUUUAAAGUCUCUGUCUUACAUGGCAGUAAAAAAGAUGAUGACCUGAGUCGCAUCAAGCGAGGGAAAUUUGAAGUUGCUCUUACAACAUAUGAGAUACUUCGCCUAUAUUUGGAUGAAUUUAACAGUAUAGAGUGGUCUGCUGUGAUAGUGGACGAAGCACACAGAAUCAAGAAUCCAAAGGCUCAAAUAACUCAAACCAUGAAGUCAUUAAAAUGCCAUGUUCGCAUAGGUCUUACUGGAACCAUUCUUCAAAACAAUAUGAAGGAACUUUGGUGUGUUAUGGACUGGGCUGUACCAGGACUUUUAGGUAGCAGAGUGCAUUUCAAGAAGAAAUUUUCUGAUCCAGUGGAGCAUGGCCAGAGGCACACUGCAACUAAAAGAGAGCUAGCAACAGGUCGUAAGGCCAUGGUGAAGCUAGCAAGAAUAAUGUCUGGCUGGUUUCUGAGACGUACCAAAGCGCUUAUCAGUGAUCAGUUGCCAAAAAAGGAAGACAGAAUGGUGUUUUGUUCCCUCACUGAAUUCCAGAGGGCUGUGUACCAAGCUGUGCUAGAGACAGAUGAUGUAACCUUGGUGUUAAGAGCAGGAGAGCCCUGUAGCUGCAACAGUGGCUGUAAGAGGAAGAACUGUUGUUACAAAGUAAAUGCACAUGGUGAAACUAUUAAGUCAUUACGCUUCAGUUACCUAAUGAUCUUACAGAAGGUUGCAAACCAUGCUGCACUGCUGCAGACAGACAGCACUAGCAAACUGCAGGAAGCGCAUAUCAAACGAGUUUGCAGCCAGGUAUUUUCCAGUUUUCCAGAUUUUGUGCAGUUAAGCAAAGAUGCAGCCUUUGAAACUAUUUCAGAUCCAAAAUAUAGUGGAAAAAUGAAGGUCCUUCAGCAGCUUUUAAAUCACUUCCGAAAAAAUAAGGAUAAAGUUCUUCUUUUCUCCUUUUCCACAAAGUUGCUUGAUGUGCUAGAACAGUACUGCAUGGCAUCUGGGCUAGAUUACCGAAGACUUGAUGGAAAUACAAAAUCAGAAGAUAGGAUCAAAAUUGUGAGAGAGUUCAACAGCCUUCAGGAAAUUAACUUAUGUCUUGUAUCUACAAUGGCUGGUGGACUGGGUCUUAAUUUUGUUGGUGCCAAUGUUGUUAUACUGUUUGAUCCUACAUGGAAUCCAGCAAAUGAUCUUCAAGCGAUUGACAGAGCUUAUAGAAUUGGCCAACACAGAGCUGUUAAAGUGUUUAGAUUGAUAUCCUUGGGAACUGUGGAAGAGAUGAUGUACUUGCGACAAGUUUAUAAGCAGCAACUUCACUGUGCAGUGAUUGGAACUGAAAAUGCCAGACGGUAUUUUGAGGCAGUGCAAGGAUCAAAGGAACAUCAAGGAGAGCUUUUUGGGAUUCAUAACCUUUUCAAACUUAGGACUCAUGGGUCCUGUCUUACCAAAGACAUACUGGAGAGGGAAGGACGGGUAGAAGCAGGAGUCAUGACAGCAACUACAUGGCUGAAGGAAGAGAAUAAUUCGUGCAGCUCAGAAAAGUAUGAACAAACAGACUGUCAAGAAGAUGGAGAUCCCCAAAGCAUUCAGGCACACUUAAAAAGAGAAGAAACUGAUUUUUGGGAUGAUUUGAGUGAUGAUGAUAUUCUGGAGAGUUCUGUGAAAAAAUCUGACAGAAGAAAGCCAUGCAAUGAAAAUGUAACAAAAGGACAGCUUUCCUUAAUGCAGUGUGGAUUCUCUAAGUUGUUGCAGAGAGAAAUUGAGACUACCAGAGAAGGGGAUCACAAUUAUGACUCUAAUCCUUCAAGUUCUGAUGCUCACACUAUAAGAAAAAAUGUAAAUAGCAAGCAUGGUGGUUUUCAGAAAUGUCAAACCAGUGUGCCUGUUUUGGAGCAUGGGAAAGCUGUUCUGUCUCCAAAUGGAAGUGAUAAAGAGAGUAUGCAUAGUACAGAGUGGCUUGGUUUAUCAGGCUCUGAGGAGGAAGGCAGCAUAAAAAAUGAGAAUCAAAGCAUUUUAAAGCAAUGUGACAUAGUCAUGGAAACUGAAAGUAGUUCUGAAGCAGAUGAUGAUGUCAUCUUUCCUACCCAAGUUCAAGUAUGCCAGCAACCAGUGCUUACUAAAGAAAUUGAAAUACAUAGGUCAACAUCUGAAAAUUGUGAAGAGUUAGCAAAAGAAAAAGCUGGGUUUGUAUUUAAGGGAAACAGUAGACAAUUUGGAUUCCACAGUACUGAGUCAAACUUCGCCAUAUCUUUUGAAGAUGUUAGGAAUGACAUAGAUUUGAAAGGAACGAGCGAUGUAAGCGAUGAGUCUGAUGAUAUUGAACUUCCCUAUAAUUCUGAAUCAAGAAAGCCAGGAACUCUGAGUUUUCCCAAGUGGAAGAAAUCUCUACCACAAGCAAAGAAGCCCUGUAGAAAAGGAAGGGAAAGUGAUUCCCAGAAUAUAGAUGAAUUCUCAUCCUCUGAAGAUAAUUUUCCAAUUGAGAAAAUUCAUGCCAAGAAGAAAAGCUAUAGGAGUAAACAGAGUAGCAGAAUUCAGUUUGGGUCUAAAAUGCUGUGUCCUAUUCAAGACAUGUCUGUUGCACAAAUGAAGUCAGGCAAUUAUGCUGUGCAUAGCACUUACGCAAGUAAAACUGUAUUUGAGCAUCAAGAAAAAAGAAUGGAAUCAAUGGACAAAUAUUUAGAUGGCGUUCAAGAAGUGGCAUAUAUUCAUUCAAAUCAGAAUGUGGUUGGAUCCAGCAAGGCUGAAAAUCACUUGAGCCGAUGGGCGGUGCACGACGUGUUUGAGUUGAAGCAGUUUUCCCAGCUGCCUGCUAAUGUAGCUGUCUGUAGUGCCAAGACCCCUGUUAAGUGUUGAAGGACAUACAAAGGAAGUUCUCUCCAGUGUCUUCUCUUCUCCAGGCUAAAUAACUCGAAGUCUCUCAGCCUUUCCUGACAGGAGAGGUGUUCCAUCCCUCCACUCAUAUUUGUGGCUUUUUUCUGCACUAAGAAUCACCUGCCUUGACCUGUGGCCACACUUCUUUUGAUGAAGCACAGAACAGUAUGACAAUCUUCCCUCAAAGCGAUGAUGUUUCUGAUAGUGCCGCUUAUGCAGAAGGGACUGAUGUGUCAAUACUUGGAGGUGUUUAGAGCCUCAGUAAUCAAAACAAAGCCAGGGAUUUCUGUUCAAUGCAAAAGUGUGGUAGGCAGCUGUUUCUGAAGAAAUUUUGGAGAUAUGGAUUAUACUGUAUAAUAGGUUAAUAGUACAUCUCAUCUUCCUUUAUAGUUAUAAACUUUACUUGCAUGUCCCAGAACGUGUCACAGAAAGUAGACAGGUGUGUCUCUGUGCAGUUUGAGAUCUCAUGCUACUUAUAAUCUUUGCUAAGUCAUGAGUGUUAAAGUGUGAGUUUCAUUUCUAUUUGUGAUGCCAUGAUACAGAGAGAAUCACAUGAGGCUGUAGUAAAGACCUUGAGGUAGAAAAUGCAUGUCAUUAAUUGUGGCACAUGGCCACUCCAGUAAAGAUUACUGAGAGCUGUUAUAUGACAACAAAACAUACUUUAUGUGCUGCUUCACUGAAGAUUAUUCAUAGGAAGGGUUUUCUACUCUGUUAUAUACAAGGAUGAAGGAGAAAGAUUAUAUUGCAAAUUAAUCUACUGGAAUAAGUAUCUUGGUUUUUUUCUGGGAUUAUUUUGUUUGGUUUAGCCUGAUUUGAUGACAUUGAGCACUCUGUGUUCUGCACUUGAGUUGAAAUUCAAGUCUUGUGCUAAUAAACUUUUUAAACAAUGUGUUUUCAUUAAACAAAGAUUGCUGUCUAUUAUCACAUCACUAUAUGUUAAGAACAUAUGUUAAGGUGAAAACCAGAAAUAACUAUUUUGUGUAACCACAGAAAGAAUUGUAUGGAAAACAAAAGCUUCUUAAAGCAAAUGUGUGUAAUGAAUUUGUAGAUUGUACAUGGUGGACUUGCAAAGGCAGACUGUAAUUUUCAGGGCAGACGUACAUUUACUUCAGCCUUUCAGAGAGAAAUAACAGUCUUGAGUAAUUAAGGUGAUACUUUGCUCAGAAUUAUUCUGACAUUAAUUUUGAGGAAAGAAAGGAAGUGUUAACAAACUCUGUAAGGCCUUAGUCAUCUACUGAGUAUUUUUAGAGGUUUUAUUUUAUUGGUGGGCUCCAGGUUCCAAAGCAACCUGAUUUCUGUGCAGAAGCUUUUUACAUAUUUGGGUUUUUGGUAACUUGCACUGAAACUUCUACUUGUGAAACUUUUUCUUAGCAACCAUGAGAAAGAGAAAACUCCCAGAGGCAAGAUUUAAAUAUAUUCUAAUGUUUCUAGUCUAUUCUGAAUUAAAUGACUGCAUUUCCUAAUGAAUUUCCUAAUUAAUUUCUAUGUUAAUUGGCAAAAACAGCUUAUGUUAAAUGUUUUGCACAGUAUGGAAGUCUGGGAUAGGCUUUCUCUAGUUCUUAUACAGCUGAAUUUGUGUAGUAUUUCUUCAGUAGGAGUCCAGAGUGUGGAGGGGCAGGCCGGGGGGGCUGUGUGAGCAUGGGGAAGUCUUUGGAGAAGGCUUGGAGGUUUCACAAAGAAAGACAGAAGAUGGGAAAAGGACAUACUAAUUAAUUUGAAAAACUGAUGAUGUUCCAUGUUAGAGCAAGUUGCACUUAUUAAUAUAUGGAAAAGUAUUAGUCACAAGAACUUGUAGUAUACCUGUUGAAUAUGUUAAGUCUUUUUUCUGUCAACUGCAUGUUUUCAACUUAAGUUUACUUAAAGUUUUACUGAAAAGAAAUGUACAAAGACAGCCAUUCAAUUGAGGAUUAAUCACUAUGGCAACAGAAAUGUGGUGACUGAAAAGGGGGAGGAUGUAUUCUCCCCUCAGCUUCCUGCCAGCUGUCAUAUUCAACCUCUGCAGCAUGAAUUCAGGCCAAAAUAUAGACUGUGACCAGCUCUAAGAAACUUUAUCUGUAUUUUUAUAAAUUUGUACAAGAAUUGCACUAUAAAGGAAGACUUAAUCCCCUGAAUUGGAUGACAGACAUUUGGCACUAUUGCCAGUGUUUGACAGAGAAAUAACGAGAUGCUUUGUAGUAAAACCUGGAUUAAUGGUAAACCCCUCUUUAUGUUAUUGCAAUGUGGUGUAAAUGAGAAAACUAAGCAUGCUGUCAGCCUAGGAAAAAACAUGCCCUUUGUAUCUCCGAUGCAGAUUUAAGCACUGUUGAGAAUACUGUAAAUACAAAAGUUGUGUCAUUAAGAACUCUACUUUAUCUUAUUUGUAUUACACUGACAUUUUGUAGAUUAUUUAAACAAAGACAUUCUAUCAGUUGUAGGAACUCUGAUUGCAAUGUGUUUGCACAGCUUUCAGAUUCAACAAGUUUAGAUAGUUGUUUACAAAGAGUAGACUUUUGGGAGAUAACAUGCCUUUGUCCUUGCUCUUCUGGGAUGGGGAACUACUCAGCUUUAAAGUAAUUGUUCUGAAAUGAUUGGCCUGUAAUGCUGCUUUAUUGAGUUUACUGGUUCAGUUUGCAAUGGAAUUAUUCCACUAUUCUGCUUUUCGUUGUGUUUUUAUAAUGUAGUGAGUUAAAAUGUGUCAUUCUUUGAAGCUUGUAGUGGAGGUUUCAUUAUGAUGUAUGUGCAUCGCCUUUGGUUUUACUACUCUUUGACAGAAGGAUGGUGGCUGCAAGUCCACAGCUUCUGCUGGAAUAAGCAAUUACCUUAAGCUUUGAAUUCUGGGACAGGCUGAGUAUCUCCUCUCAUUCUCAACAGUAAUAACUAUAUUGAUUCAAGGUCAGCUUCUUGGUGAAAGACAGUAGUAUGUCUUAUAGGAGUUACUUUAGGUAAAGGUUUAAAAACUUAAGAUUGAUCCUAAUGAGAAAUUCUUGCUGUUACCUGAUUAUAGAAGAAACAGACUCAAGUAAAUGUGAAAUAGAGAGGAUGCAAUCUGUUCUCAAUUGAUAUAGUAGUCAAUUGUCCAGUACCAAGCAAAAGAUUAGAGUUUAUGGAAUGUCUUUGUCUGAGCUUGUUUAUGCAAUAAAGCUACAUGUGACACAUAUGGGGAAAUGACUGCAUAUUACUCUAAAAUUUGUGUAAUUUUGUCAGAUUUAAUUCUACUGGGGUGUUGGUGCUGGCAAAAUAUUUUGGAGGAGUAAUUUAGAUAUGUAGUAUUCUUAACAGUUUUUAUAACUUGAAAAAUAUUUCUGCUGUUAGUCUGCUGGGAUACAUUCAAAUAUUAGAUACAAUUGAAAUCAUACCAAACAUGCUUUGUUUAAUUCAGAAAGCUUGAUAUAAAUAUAGUUAUCCUAAAGUAUUCUAAAAUGUUAAGGUAGGUUACCUUCAUUUUCUAAGACAAUUAAGGUAUUGACUGUUGACUGUAUAUUACUUGUAAUUCUGAUUCUUCAACCUUGUUUUUUUUAGAACAGCAGAUGCAUUCAUUCAGAGACUGCUUUUCCAUUAAAAAAGCUAAAUUCAAAGGAAAAACUAAUGUCCACGUCAAAAGUAGUUUUGAAAUAUUGUAAGGCUCAUUUCAAACUGGAAUUUUUAACUCACCAUACGUCUCUGAAGUACAUUUUGUUCAGUAGUGUGUUCUUGGCAAGUAAAAAAGUAAUUCUAGUUUAUUUAAAAUUCAUGUGAAAGUAGUUACUUUUUUUUGCUAAUUGUAUUUUUUGUCUUCACCAUGUGGACCUCAUUUUUAAAGAAACUGCGUGAAAUUUAUUACAAUUUAUCUUCCUUGACCUACAGAAUAAUUUAGGAAGAAAUUCUUGUGUGACAUGUACAUGUACUAGAUUGAGUUUAAAACAUCCCCUUCCAACUCAAAGUGCUCUAUCAGUCUGUGUAGAAGAGAGAAGGAAACAAGACAAAAUGGACAGUCGGGUAUCAAACAUUUCUUGGUACUUUGUGUACGUCCUGACAGCAAAGAAACAUUGGUAAAUUAAUAUGUAGCAAUAGCAUAUGUUCAAGAAAAGCAUAGAAGGGUCAUAAUAACUAAUAUGUAUAACUGGAAAAAUUGCUAGGGGAAGAAAACCCAAACCAACAAAAACCUCCAAACUGGACCAAAAAACCACAAGGAAAAACUGCAAAGGGGAAAAAGAUUAGUUGAAAUAAUUUAGAAUUGUAGAUAAAGACACUGGAAUGCAGUAUCAAAUCAUCAAAUGAAUAGCAUAAUCCAAAACCAACUUCAGCUCUCAGUGUAUUGGGAAAGUCAUGUGUUUUCCCAAGUUUUGAGGGAAGUGGGAAAAUAUAAAUCAAUAUAUGACAUAAUGGUUUGUUAUUUGUUGUAAGAAGUAUUUCAAGAGCUUAGUCAUACUGAAUUUACUGUUUCUUUCUUUUCUGUUUUUUUUUUGUGACUGCAAGGCAACUAGACAUUUUAGAAGGCUAUUCUUGUUUAUUAUAGAAAGGUAAAUAAUGAAACUGCAAUGAUAAAUAUGUUGGAUAUUUGACAGCACUGGUUUCAUGCACUCCUAAGGAGAAAAGUCUUAUAACACUGGGGGCAAGUCAGAGGGUUUAUUGAUGACUGGAAGUCAGUAUUUGGCAAAUUACUUACUGCAGGGAUACUUUGGGUAGGGAAGUAUUAAAAGAGAGGAAGGUGCUUGAACAUGGUGCAACUAUGGCUGAAGAAUAAUUAUGCAAACAUUUUCAGCUUCAGGCUUCUGAAGGACGUUAAUUUUCCUCCAAGUCUGAUUUCUUAACAAACUGCCACAGACAUUAGACAGUUUAAAAAACAAGUGUCUCUGUUUCUCUACUUAAUCUUACUCCCAGCUUACUUACUUACUUACUUACUCUCCCUUGCCUUUUCAUCUUGCUGUAUUUAAAAAAGUGAAACAUUGUUGUCCUUUGCCUUGCUUGAAGGGACUAAAGAAAAGGAAUUUACUGGCUUAAGGUGUCCAAUCAUCUCAGUCAUGUCAGAUGAUACAUAUACGUGGACUAGCAUUCAUUGUUCCAGCGUAUAGAGCUGCCUCUUUAUGUGUGUUACAAGGACAGAUGCUGAAGUCUUGUACUGUCAAAGAUAGACCAAAGUUUGAUUUGGUAGGUUUAUACUAUUUUUAAAUAACUGCUGUAACUAGGCAUCAGGAGACAGGUUGCCAUACAGAGCUAACAGGUCCAAGAGUUGUAGAUUCAAGAUGGAAACUUGAAGUAGGUAUUACUGCUGCCAUUCUUCUUGAAGAGUGUUACCCUUAAAUGGGUUCUGUGACACUUAAUGUGCAGAUAGUCUAGCAUUUUUGCUACACUCUUGAUUGCUGCAUUAUGUAAUGUAUAAUUCAAAGGAAACAAAACUCAUUAUUGGUAUGCGAAACUCAAUAUAUACUUUCAAGAGUAAGGGAAUUGCAUAACAAAAGAAGGGAUCAAAACCAUCAUAGACUAAAUGGAACGUGAAAGGGGUCAAUAUAUACUUUCUUUGGAGUAUUUUUACAUUGUAGUAAUAAUCCCUGAGUCUUCUGAAUACUUUAGAAACCAUUUUCGGAACAACUACUUAGUCUUCUUUCCAUUGCAAUAUAUAAAAAAUGUCUUAAGUGUAGUAGAUCAAGGGGGAAUAGGAGAAGAGAACAAGGAUAAGACAGAAAGGACCGACUACAGUUUUGUGGGUUUUUCCGUAGUUCACAAUAGCACUUAAUAAUUUCACUUUAUUGUACUUUUAUUAACUUUUUCUUUGCAUUUAGUUGGAUAUUUCUGGAGUGUAACUUUUUCUCAUUUCAUUUUUUCAAUUAAAAAACACUGCCUUCUGCUAAACUGCUUGCAUGGUCUUUGUCUUAUAUAUGUGCCCUUGAAAGUAAAUUAAGUGUGCAUUUCUUUUGAACUUGCUGUGAAGGUUUUCUUGACAAAAUGGAAGUGGACAAAGUUUAAUAAAUUAGUAAAAAUACUGCAUUCAGUAAUUCAAUAAAAAAUUUUUUAUCUUUGA